AUGGCCUCAAAUAUCCACCUCCCAGAACCCAAGGUCGAAGCGGCGCAACCUGAAGCAGCAAUGUGUCACGUCGACGCGGCAAAACUCAAGGAAGAACAAACUCACUCGACAGGCCCGCCAGUCCGGACUUUUCCUUUCGGACAGCUCUCUUAUGACCUUCAAUACGAAGUGCUCCGCUUCUGCGACUACCCUACUGCAACUCUUCUAACAUCCACAAACCGACAUUUCUACGAGGCACUUCAUCCAAAGAUAGAAUAUGCGAUUCCCGCAUCCGAACGACUGGAAGUAAUUCAAAGAGUUGACCGAGAUCAUCGAAACGAGUUUUGGGCUUGUUAUAAAUGCCUGAAAGUCUUUCCGAGGUCCAAAUUCGGGGAUAGCCUCACGGCUGCGAAGAAAAGCAGACAGCAGCGGGCACACACGCAAACGUUCCGGAAAUCGCGCCGCUGUUGGACCUGCGCCAUCGAGAACAACUACUAUGCCGACCUAGAGCCUGUUAAAAAGGAUAGAGUCUCGUAUUUCCCUUGUCAUGGCUGUGGAUUUCUUGGUACAGAGUUCAAUAGGUGUCGGGGCAAUCGCGCAUCAGGCAUUAUCGUCAACAGACAGUGCCACAAAGACAAGGAAUUCUCGCCUUUGGAACUUCUUUCUGGGGAGAUUCUCCGACUAAUCAUCGGCCAAUUGGAUUAUCUCGACGCCAUCCACCUACGCAUCGCCAGCUGCUCGAUGAUGCAUCAAGUCAAGCUUGACUGGGUAGCCAUUCACAGACGCUUUACCUUUGUCUUCGCGAGAGAAGCGCCUCUGGUUGAGCUGGUAUACAGAGAAAUAUUCGAAAGUGUAGAUGAAAGUCUCGGCCCGGAGUCGAGAGAGAUGCUAGGGAAGACAUACACGUACCCAUGUUACAGCUGUUUCAAGGUCAAACCUGCUGCUAAGUUCCUUGACAAGACUCUACAGUUCAUAGGGGAAGAGCCAGAUCGCUUCUGGCGGCGCCGGUGUCGCCAUUGUUGCACGAUUGCGGCUGGUGAGCCCGAGAUUUUGGAUGAGUGGUACAGGCGUCAUCUCUGCUCCGACUGCGGGUUGAUGAAAGCCAAGGGGGAAGCUUGCCUCGGUUGCUUGGACCCUCCGGUGCUCGCGAAAGCAUGCACGCAAUCACCAGGAUGA